CUUCAUCAAUAAAGAUACAUUAAGAAUCAAAUUUAGAGCACCCAUGUUCGAGGAAAUACUCGAUUCUUUUCAUCAUAUGUUGAGGAGUGUAUCAGAAGUUUAAUGAUUCUUUCUCACCUCGGAUUGCAACUGAGUAGAGGUCAUGCUUCCAAGCUUAUUUUACUUUAUUAGUGAAUGUGCCAAUGUACUUCUUGAUAUUGCUAAUUUUGAUCAAAGCUUGCCAGCUAGAGAUAUUUCUGGAUACCCCAAUAUACUCUUAUCUCCUUCUGAGGUUUCUCUUGUGAGAGCUUUUGACUUUCUUUGAUGAAGAAGUAAAUCCAGUAACUUCAUAACCGAGAAUAAGAGAACAUAGGUGAAGAAGGCUUUGUUUGAUAUCAAAUCCAUUAUGUUUCUUAUUCGCUUUCGAUCAUUUCUUUUG